AUGCCAGAACGUCCCGAGCACGCAGAUACCUGCACAGCAGUCGGUCCCGGCUGUCCUGUCGAAGCAACUCUAUACGGUUAUUACCCAAGUCUCCCCUGGAAUGCUUUCUUCGUCGGCUUCUUCGGCCUCUGCUGCCUCAUCAACUUAGUCCUAGGAAUCCGCUACCGCACAUGGACAUACAUGAUCGCAUUAUGCCUCGGCUGCCUCGCCGAAGCCGCUGGUUACUAUGGCCGCGUAAUGAUGCACGACAACCCCUAUGACGAUAUCGGCUUCCAGAUUCAGAUCUGCCUCCUCAUCAUCUCGCCCGCAUUCGUCUCGGCGGGCAUAUAUCUCACGCUCAAGCACUUCACCCUCACCUUCGGCGCGUCUUGGUCCCGUCUGCGUCCCGCGUGGUACACGUACAUUUUCAUCACAGGCGAUCUCAUCUCGCUAGUGCUCCAGGGCGCGGGCGGUGGUCUGGCCGCUACGGCAGACAACGGCUCCAGCACGCAAGAUUUGGGCACCAACCUCAUGAUCGCCGGUGUCAUCUUCCAGGUUGUCAUCUUGUCUGUGUUCGGAUACUUGCUCACCGAGUACACGCUCCGGACGUACCGCCGGCGCGACAAGCUGUCCGUAGCUGCGACCGAGAUCCUGCGCAGCACCAAGUUCCGCCUGUUCGUGGCGGGCGUGAUGGUCGCGUAUCUUGCUAUCUUUACGCGGUGUGUGUACCGUAUUCCGGAGCUUACUGGGGGAUGGGGAAGCGAGCUGAUGAGGAACGAACCUGAGUUUAUUGCGCUUGAGGGUGUCAUGAUCACACUUGCAGUUUUUACGCUGACGCUCUUCCACCCGGGCUUCUGCUUCCCAGUCCUUGGGGCGAAGCAGGCCGCGAAAUAUGCGAGCAUUAACAGCAAGGAUGUUGACGCGGAGAGCUCAGUGGAGAUGCUACCACGAGGAGACACGACGUACGAACCAUAUUCUCAUCGUAGCGUGUAG